UUUUUUUUUCUGUCACCUGCCCGAGAGGUGCUGACGACAGUGACGAACGCCCCCUCCCUCCAUUUUCUUUCUCGGAUCACCCUUUGCCUCUGCUAGACGAGCGGCGACGGGCCGCCCCUCGCCGGGCGACGAGCACAGCGACCUGUUACCAUGGCAGCAAUGAAUACCGAUAUGGGAGGCUUAGGUGGCAGGCCGACAAAUCAACAAGCAAAUCCUUUUGGAACUGCCUUGCAUGGUGCUGGGCCAGGACUGAUCCGUACUGGGCUAGAAGCAUAUGGGGGGAGGUUUUUAGAUUCAAGUUCUGAGUUUAUGCAGAGCAAUAUAACACAAUAUUUGUCCGACCCUCAGUACUACUUUCAAGUCAACAGCCAGUAUGUGAGGAACAAACUGAAGGUCAUCUUGUUCCCUUUCUUGCACAGGGGUCACUGGACAAGAAUAACUGAACCAGUAGGAGGAAGGCUGUCCUACAAACCUCCAGUCCAGGAUAUCAAUGCACCGGACUUGUACAUCCCUUUGAUGGCAUUUGGCACCUACAUUGUAGUUGCUGGGUACGCCUUGGGUGUUCUUGGAAGGUUUACCCCUGAGGCACUGACCCUACAGUUCUCUAAAGGGAUACUUGGCUGGUUUCUGCAAGUCAUCCUCAUCAAAGGUCUGCUCUACUCCCUGGGCAGCAGUGAAGCUCCAUUGCUGGACAUUGUGGCAUAUGCUGGAUAUGGUUUCGCUGGCACUUCCCUUGCAAUGCUGGCCCGCAUCUUCUGGAGCUAUCUGUAUUACUUCAUCAUGCCAUGGUUCUGCAUCUGCACGGGAGUCUUCCUUGUGAAGACCAUGAAGAGGGUUCUUCUGGGCGGGCCAAGGAGCUACGAGAGACACCCCAGCCGGAACCACUACUUCCUGCUCUUCUUGGCGGUUGUGCAAUUCCCUAUGCUGUUCUGGCUCGGCAACAUCAGUGGCUGAUCUAUGAUCCUAUGGUCGGGCCACGAACAUCAUUUCUGAGAGGCUGCUGAGCAGAAUAGACAUGUGGUACUUCUUACUUGCUGAUGUAUCUUAGGUUAUCGUGGAGAUGGUACAGAACUAUUAGCUGUGGAUAUCUGGGCAAGCAAAUGAAAAGACGCGAGUACCUCCUGUUUCUGUUGGAGAAGCAAAUGAAGACGUGAGUACCACCUGUUUCUGUUGGAGGCAAAAGUAACCAUGAUCGUUUGGGAUAGGAUAAAGAUUAACUGCUUCGCGUGUCCUCUUUGAAUCUGACUUGUUUUCUAUGAUCAUGCUACUUAUCUUUCAGUUUUGGUUCGAUAUGUUCACGGCAGUUUUGUCUA